AUGCCAAAGGUAACGUCUGUUACUGUUGAUCGUAAAUAUUGUUGUAGAAAUCGGCAAAAAAAUAAAAUAAAAGUCGCUUUGCCGGGCUGUACUGACGACGAUUUAGCAGUAGCAACUCUACCAGAUAAUUGGGUUCCAAGGUGUGCCGGUCCUAUCCUUACGAACUAUUUGAACGAGAGAAAGCAGAAUCAUGAAACUGUUCAAGACAAAAUUGAGAAAGAAGCUUUGGUAAUCAAUAAUACUAUUGAUACAAAAAUUCGCACACUUGCUGAAAAUUUACUCUCACAUAUCAAACACCAUGAACAAACUAUGAAUUGUGUUGUUGAAAACCUUGAUGACAAUAAUGAUAGUCAAGGUGGACGAAAUUACGCGCUUACAUGUGUCAGCAAAUUAUAUUCCCAACGUGUUAAUGAACUUGCCUCAUUCAAACGUGAAUCAUUAGCCUUAGAAAGACAGAGAGCCGAUAAAAUAAGAAAGCUGUUACAAGAGCAGUUCCAACGCCUUAUAAGUGUUGGUCACCUUCCUCCAAGAGAUUUACUUCAUGAAUUUGAUCAGCAGGUGUACGAGAUUAAUCAGCAACUGUUAAGUAAUUCCAGAGCUUACGCAGAAUUAGAAGCUCAAUUGCUUGCACAACUUGACGAACAGACUGUUGAAGUAAAGUCGAAUAUUAAUCAGAUUUGCUUAGGUUUCCAUGUAGAAGCCCAUAACCAUAGUGCACAUCUGUGGCGACGUGAAGAAAAAAUACCGCAACGUCAAACUGCUAGUGCUUCCAUAAGCAAAGACGAUGUUGCGAAACAAUCUAUCAGUCACAUCAUAGGUGAAGUUCAUGAAUUCGAUGAAUGUGUGUCACUUUUAGUUGAAGCAUAUCGGAUGGCGGUUAUCAAAAUAUUAACUGGUUUCACUGGUAAAUUGAGCGAUUUAUAUAGUCACGUGUGUUCUAUUAGUUUUCUGGAGACAGGACCUAAGAGUGAUAUAGCGAUGGAUUUGCAGAAUAUUAUUGAUCGCAUUUCAAAACGGUUGGCGAUUAACUUACUAAAACGUACAUCAAAUUUACCAGAAUUAGUUGAAAAAGGACGAUUAGAAACCCUGGAAAUGCAGAAAAGUCUGUGGUCCUUAGGUGAAAGACUUCGUGAUACAUAUAAUAUUUUGCACGAUUCUGCACAUCUCUGGGAUGCUCAUAUGGUUAGAUCGGCGCUGGCGCAAAAAUUAACAAUAGCUUGUGUAGAAGAUCUUUUUACUAGCAACGAUUCCAUAGAACUCGCUAAUGAAGUAAACUUUAAUAUUUCUUUAGAACAAUUACGGUCCGCUCCAGACACUGAUAAACUGCAACAACAAUAUGAUAUAGUUUUGACUAUGCUUGAUCGAAUCUCUGAUGUUUAUACACAACACGCUAUUUCUGAAUCGGAUCGGCUAGAAUGUUUUAUGAGUUUUCCUGAAGCAAUGGCUAAUAUAUUGAUGUCGGAAUACCAGUGCUUCUUAGAUAGGUUUCCUAGAGCUUCUAUACCCGUAUCAGACACUGGAAUAAGACAAAGUGUUACGUCACCUCGCAUGGACGUUAAUUCUCUACAAAUGCCAUUACCACGAGCUAUUCUACAAACAGAAUUGCAAGGUGUAUACUUAUUAAAUUGGAGAAAUGGUUUUCUUGAAACAUUCGCAAAUAACAUAUCAAAUUUGCGUGAAGAACUUAUAAAUCAUGCUAGAAUAUGGGUGGACGAGAAAGCUCGAACACUGCAUAUGCGCCAUUCAAUGAAACUUAUUUCUCAUAGCAUACGUAAAGAACGUAUCAAAGCCGCUUAUGAUGUACGUCUAUCUGAAUUAAGAUAUCAUGAUGCACGUUUGAAUUCACAUCUCAGUGCUGUUUAUGAAUUAGUUGAUAGCUUGCCGCUUGAAGCUGCUGAAUACCUUUCUUUAGAUGAUCCCGAGCUGUAUCCUUUCUGUAAAUGGGUAGAUGGCAUUCAUGAUAAUGUAGAUACAAUUUUAGCACAAGAUCAAAUAGAUCUUGGAGUAAAAAAAUUAAAGAUGUGUAGUUAUGCUUUACGAUUAGUGAAACAUCGUGCACUUUUUGAAAAUUCUUUGGAUGCAACGAUUGAGACUUGUAAGAGACAAAUUGAAAAUCGUAUACAAGAGGCUCGUAUUUCUAACAUCCGAUUAGCGUCCCAAUUCAAACUUCACAGUGAAGGCGGGCGUUAUUCAGCACAAGAAGCCACCCGAGCUUGUACAUUGUUGAUGAAAGGUGCAGAUGCUAUAGAGUCUUGUUUGUCCCGAGCGAUUGACGCUCUAAAUCAUCGGAGAUCUCAGUUACUUUUGUUAGCGGAUCAGAAACUGCAGCCAAUUCAGAAGAUUGUAGAUGAAUUUGCCAAGCCUGCCAAACAUGCCGUUAAGAACGUCGCCGAUAAGCGUAAACCUGCCACGGGAAAAAAAUAA